AUGAAAGUGUACUGGCAGGUGUUGGAGUUUCAGAAGGGAGUGUUACAGAAUCUUUUCUGGAACAACUUCGGAUGCGACUCGUGCAAAGGAGGAUCUUCUUCCGUGUGUCUAAAUGGGACGGAUUGUGCAGUGCCAACAUCAAAAUGCAAGGCUAAUGGAGGUGGAGCUAAUUGCAAAAUCGGAAUCCAGGUGGCAUUUUCAGGGACAGACAAGAACUGUUGA